GAAAAAUGGGGAAAACAAGCAAAGUAGUCGUAUGUGGAAUGAAAGGCGUGGGUAAAACUGCUAUUCUAGAACAACUUAUAUACGGAAAUGUUAAUCUGAAGUCAUCUUUUUAUCCAACGAUUGAAGAUAUAUACGUUGCCAAUAUUGAAACAGACCGUGGGACUAAAGAGCGCGUAUGUUUCUAUGAUACCGCUGGUCUGGAGCCUCCCUUAACAGGCGAGUUGAAAGGACCACCUCAAUCUCCGACAAUGCAGCUAACAGCAAACCAGGUUCUUCAGCGUCACUACCUUGGGUUCGCAGAGGGGUUUGUCAUGGUCUACGACACUACCCAGCCGGAAUCCCUCGAUGUCUUGAUGUAUUUGAAGAAGGAUAUUGACAGAAAUAAGGAUAAGAAAGAGGUAGUGAUGCUAGUAAUAGGCAACAGAACAGGUCCCGAUGACAUUAACAGCCUGGAAAACACGUGCUCCAAAGCUGCAAACUGGUGUGCCAGAGAGAAAAUCAGACAUUUCGAGGUAUCAGCUAUGGAUCGUCCAUCAUUGUACGAACCAUUUAUAUUCAUGACGACAAAAUUAAACCCCGUGCAGAAUAAAACAGCUUUCCCCCAACUUUCAACCCUUAGUAAGUUAACUCAGAAAAAUAAUCGUAGUGACGCAAUGUAACAUUACGUUUUCAAUCUAUGUCCCUUCUGCUAUCAGCCUUAAGGUUCUAAAAGACGAUAUAAUUUCAGAUACUCAAGUCCGUAGUUGCAAUUUUGUCAAUUGCUAGUCAUUGGUUACAGUUGAAUUAUGUACUACAGUAAUUUCUAUUGUGACACAUUGUAAUAAUAGAUUUGAGAACCAGAAUUUUUAUUAGAAGAUGCAAAGGGCGAUUUUGUAGCCUACUUUCCCAUUCUACUUUGAGAAUUUGCAUUGCAAUAAAUGUGUAUAAAGCACGCAAUUUUUAAUGGAAUCUUGUUAAAUUGUAUGUUUAUAUAAGAAACCAAAAUUUAAUUUAAUAUUUAUAACAAAAAUGAAAAAUAAGUGAUUAAAUUAAAAGUAGUC